UCGCGAAGUUAAUGUAUGAUAAACAUCUCAACAUCGAGUUUAUUGUUUGUCGUUUAGUGGAUAGAUUUACACACAAUGAUUAUUUUCACAUGGCAAUUGUGAAGUAUACGAUUGUUCGUUCACUGAGGAAGUUUAUUCGUGGUCUCAACUCAUCAACAUUUGGUAAACGUGCAUGAAUAUAUCAAAUUCGUGAAUUCGAUUGACCGACUUGCGCUUUUGAGGAUAAAAGCUUAUGACGAAUUGUUAAAGUUGAAUGCGAAUUUAAUGUUAGGGAGUUCAGUGCGACAUUAAAUCUCGCAAUCUGUUUGUCAAAUAUGUUUCACAUGUAUUAUUUUGGCGUUAGUUAUUUGUACUGGUAUUAAUAAUGGACGGGGCGAAACGGAUAUAAAAAUAAAAAUAACAAGCACAAUGUUUAAGUAUAUUUGAUGUAUUAUAUAUAAACAUAACUUAAUCAUAUAGUUCAGGAGUCAACUAAAAAGUGAGGUAAAUUGUGUUUUUCGUGCACAUUGUGAUUUGAGUUCUGUGAUAAGUUCGUCCAGAAGAUUACCUUUUGGUUUUGGAAAAUCCGUUAUACAGAACUUAAAAUCAAGGAUUUUACGAUCUUCGAGAAAAACACCAAAGCGUCUUUGUCGUCCUGAACAUCAGAUCGCCCUACAAGAAAAUCAUCAAAAUGAGUCGACGGAUCAGUAUGUACGUCAAACAGAACCCCACUCCUGCGCCGAACACGAAGCAGCCGAGAAAGGGCGUGCGUUUUCCAGACGAAUUGGUGUUUCUUGACCACAUCAAGGAGAAUGACGUCGCAGCAUUGGAUCAUAUGCUGAAGCGUGCAAGUCUGCUAGUUGAUAUUAGCGCCCUCAAUGACGUAGGUGUGACGCCUCUUCAUCAGGCGGUCCUGGAUGGGAACGUGGCCGCAGUGAGGCUGCUGAUUUCUCACGGAGCGGACAUUAACAAACAGGACGAAGACCGCUGGACGCCUCUACAUGCUGCCUGUGCAAACGGUCAUUCUGACAUAGUCAAGCUUCUACUGGAGCACGGGGCUGACAAGAACGUACGAACUGACGACGGGGAACUUCCUGCAGAUUUAAUUGAGCCCGAUGACCCUGUCACUAGGAGGGCAAUUCGUGCCCCUACUCGAUUAGCAGUUGUUCCAAACACGCGUCAUACACCGAAAGUUAGGAAGGUGUUCGACUAACGACGAAUUCUGUCACCGUCUUUACCGUUGAGUUUUUCCGCUUCCUUCUACCAUAUACUGAGGACACUGUCUGUAUCUGUAUGGGCUAUUUGAUUUCUCUAAAUGUUAUUAAAAAUGUUUUUAUGUUAAAAACAUCCACAUGAAUGUUAUCCUCAAUCGCAAGUGGACGCCUUUUCUCAAUACCAUUAAGUGUGGUCUCCCAUAUUUCUUUGGCGAAUGGCAGAAAUUCUCCCCAUUUUGAACUGACCUGGAAAAAACGCACAAGUUGACAAGUGAUCGAUAUCUCUGAUUGCAACAAAAUCAUUUAAACCGGAAUUGCUUAUUACGAGGUGUAACUUCUUGUUUAUUAUUGACACCAAGCGCGUUAUACUGAUCGAUGAGAAGUUUCAAGUUUCUGUCAUUUGCUAUCGAUCUAUGAAAUAAAAUGUCAUUUGAAAUCGACUUAUAAAAAUAUAAAGGAGGACCAUUUCAGUUAGUCCCAGAUUAAUGGUACAUUAAAUUCUGGACACAUAUUUUAAAACACGGUAGUGUAAACAAAAAACGCUAACCAUUAAAAUAUUUAGAAAUAAUUAUAUUGUUAAACGACCGGAAUGACAAUGGUUACAUUUACAAUGUGGAGAUUUAAAAAGAGCCAAUAAGAUAGUACAGACUUUUUCUGUUUUUAUAGUUAACUUGCAAUUCGAAAUGACUCAAAUAUGAUCAUUUGAAAAAAAACGCAUUAUUCGAUUCAUUAACAUCUAUAUUAUUAUUAUUAUCAUUAUUAUUAUCUGCUCGGAUUUCCCCGAAUUUCACAAUGUCCUUGGGCCUCAGUACCUACACUUAUGUUGGUUCCAAAACAUAUAUGUUUUAUAUAUUUUAUUAUGAUGUGCCAUGAUAUAGUUUAUCUGUAACAUUUUAAUGCAUAAAAAUCUCGGACAAUUAUCUAACCAAUCGAAUAACAGAGCUAUUGCUUGCCGGAGAGGUCUGACAUAUUCCACGUGAAGGGUGUGGCAAAUACUAUAAUACACAUGGACAUUUUCAGUUAUCUAUGGCUCACGUACUAGAUACUGAAACAUGCCUCUCCCUGAGUCUAAUGCUGCGUUUACACUAUGUUCCCGGCGACCACGGCAAUCACGUUUCGGGCCACCGUGCAGGAAACAGGAUGAACGUGAGGCAACGUAGGGGAACGGGAUAGCCAAACGUGACACAACGGGGUUGCCGGGGUUGCCGUGUCAAAAUUUUAAACUGUCAAAAAAUUUGCCACGGCAGCCACGGUGGAAAUGAGAAACGUGAUAGAACUUUUUCAACGCAACAAAACUUGACAGUACGUAGCAGGCCGUAACAGAACCCGAAAAGGGUCCGUACUCUGACGGGAAUCCUAUUAAUUCCCCGACAUGUUAAGUUUUGUUACGUUUUGUCAAGAUUACCACGGAAAGCUAGGAUAAUUGAAGCAGUUUUGCUACGUGUUUAUUCCGACCCGUUCCGAUGUGUUGAGAGUUUUCUUUUACUAGUAUACCGGGAGCACAAUCCGGCUCGAAACCUCUCGGAUGUUCACGUUUGAUCCGCACGGUACCUUGACAGAACGUGACAAAUGAUUGACAAACGUGUACAACGUUUCAGACCUGCAUGACAAACGCAAACAACGUGCGGGAACUCAACAGAACGCAUCGUACCUUGAAGCAACAUUUAUACAUCCGUGGCAGACCGUGGAAGAAAACUUAGCGCACCGUCGAAAGACCGCGUUUUCGCUUCGACGGCACGUCACGUAUACCUUGAUAAACCGUAAGGAAACUUAGCACAACCUAGCAAACAUAGGAUAAAAGGUAAAAAUUCGCAACAGUCACACUGCGCGAUACGUUUCGGACAAACGGGACUGCCGUGGCUGCCGGGAACAUAAUGUAAACGCAGCAUAAUGGACGAAACAGGAAAUAACAUGUUGCGCCUCUGCCAGAAUCAUUGCGCAACUAGUUACGUAUACGUACUUAAAUGCGAUAACUGCUAUUAUUGUAAGUAAAGUAAAAACGAUAUUCAUAUGUGUUAUAUUAUUUCAUACAUUAGAAAUCUUAUAUUCAAUGAACAGAAAUAAUUGUAUGCUGAAAAUGAUCUUACAACUACAAAUUCUUACCUUGUUUGCACAACUGCUAGUUUCGUCAUUUCCGUUUUGAUGACAUUUUGAAGCUUGUCUAUGUAUUGUUAUCAACACAAACUUUGAUAAUGAAUUCGAGUCAAUCAUAGUCUUCAUGUUUACAACAUGAUAAUCACAAGGUAACGCAAUCGCAUUUGCAAAAGCAGAUAGAUCUAUUGAUGUUUCUUUCAUGAUUAUGUUUUGAUUAUUCGGUCUGUUUGUCCUGAUGACUUCAAACAACUUAGGUGGAUUAUUCAGCUGUAUCGAUGUGCGAAUUGUAUGGGUUGAUUGAAGGCACACUGAGUCUCCACGCUAAAAUCAAAGAUCGAAUUUGUGGGAAUUGUAUUGUCAUUAGUACGGACAGCAAAAUGUCUAUUUUGUGUCAAAACAGAUGGUUCAAACUUUUACACGAUGAGGUGUGAAACUAAACAGCACAUGGUUAAGUGAACUCUAAAAAAACACCGUAAACAUUAUGUAAUUAUAUUGACUUUUAUUAACUUAACAUAUUUCGUUACAGUGAUUUCAUUCACUGAUGUGAUUCACUAUGUAAUGUGUGUGUAUUAUUUGUGUUAUAAAAUACGCUCCUAAUGUUUCCGAGAUGCAGACAUUCUCAAUAAAAAUGUUAAAUGUU